AAGCAUUCCGAAGCAGGUGUCAAUAAGAAGCUCCUUUUCCUGACAGUUUCAGACGACAGAUGUGAGUUCAUUUUCUUUAACACAUCUUGAUGUCCUCUGAUAUCAGCAAGCAUUCGUAUAUGUCAUUUAACAUCAUUUCGCGUCCGUCAGUUGGGCUGACAACAACAACACCAUGUGUUGAAUAUACCAUACUACAACAACAACAACGUCCCCGGUAGCUGUCAACCACGUGAAAUGAAUGUUUUGUGUCAGAAGUAUUGAUUUUUUAAAAAGUGUCAGUAACGUAAUUUCUUUGCCAUUGUUAUUGCCUUACACUGACGUAGAAAUGCUUUACAGCAACAAAUAUUUGCAAAGCCUGGAACAAAAGGAUCUGUCAAACUUACCCAUUGUGUGUAACAGAUGCUCACAUUAAAUCACACCAUUCCACCUACAGAUUAAUCAUUCAGGGUUUGAAUACAGAUGUCCAUUCUUUUCUGUUCUUUCAUUUUCUUUUAGCUCUUGAACACUUACACCGUAACUGCUAGCCCUUGGUCCCCUUAUUUCUUUUGGUAAUGUUGACCACAAAACACACACACGUCUGCCUCAAAAAAUGGGCAGUCACUUCCCCAGGUUGUGUCAUAUCAGAAAAUGACAUUAAUGCAGCUCACAUGAGGAUGCUACAUGUGAAAUGAAUCCAAGCUAAUGAAAGCGCUGGAGGGAGUAGACUGAGAGUUCAUAAAUCGUUGUCAUAAACAAAAACAGAUUAUCCUCUAUACAUCUUGUAGAUUAUUCUUAGCUUGUAGACAAAUAUAUUUUCUGACAUAUCACCCAUAUUACCUCAUGCUAUAAUAUAAUCAUGUGAUGCUUAGCUGUGUCCUGUAAAAAGCUGUCAUCUUUCAAGCCAAAUUGACAUAAAAAAAUAAAUAAAUUUUUUUUAUUUUUAUCGUAAUAUAAUAAUUAUCUAAAACAUUGCUCUGUAGACAAAUUGAACUUACACAUGGUGAACUAUAUGGUGAAAAUCUGUUAUGUAAAUGUUAUCCCCUGAUGGUUUGAACAAAACAAAAUCGAGAAAUUAAGUCCUGCCAAAUAAAUGAUGUUACACUUUAUGUAGAUAUCCAAUGGGGCAGUUGAGGAAAUGUUUCAUUCAAUAUAAUGGAUGUUGUACCAUGUAUGUUAGCUGUGAAUGCAUUGAAAAAUUUUUGUAAGGACGUGGUUUUACAUGCACUUGGGAUAUACAGAGCAGCUUGCUGAGCUGGUAAAGUGUUUAAUUAUCUACAAAAGGACUGGUGUUAUAGAAAAGACAGACCUGUCAUAAGGUAAGUGAUGUUUUUUUUUUCCAUUAACAUAUGUUUAUGUAAAUAAAAAGUACAGUAAUUCACCUAUAAUUUCCUAGGAAAUUUUUUCCAACUAAUUGACACGCUAUACAGACUUGCUAACUGGUACAAAGUGAUGAUUACAUACAGUAGUUUUGGGAUUUACAUUAUAUACCAGUACACAUAUUUUUCAUCUGUUGCCAGGUGAUACUUGUGUGUAUUAUUAAUAUUUUGUAUACAGAUAUACCUGCAUGUAUAUAGACAUUAACCAGGAAUGAUUGAUUCAAUACAUAAAAUCAGGUAUGAAGUAGUACAAAUCUAGAAAUGUUAUCUUUGUUGUGUUAUACAUGUAUUAAAGUGUUGUAUGUUGUUUGAUAAAAGUCUUGUAAAAUUGAUUCAUCAUUCAAAAUUUUUCUUACUCUUGUUUCUCUGCUUUUUGUUCUUUUCUUUGAUAAGCUUAUAUCAAGCUUGAUAAGCUUGAAUGAGUAUGGAGAAAACAUGAUUUGACCAGAUAACAGUUUUGAGGCAGGGGUAGAAACAGCGUGAACUGCUGGCGGUUGUCUGGAAGGCUGUAGGGGUGUGUGGGAUAGAUGCUGUGCUAUGGACAUAAUAGUCAGCCAGCCUGUUACGUAACCAGGACAUCGCGGUGUCCGACUGUCCCCAUCCAAACACUUUUACCCCUAGGCGGAAUAUUUAAGGAAUUCCGAAGAGACACUCUAAUAAGAAAGAUUGUGUGCACACAUUUAAGUUUUAAUCAUGGGAAACAAAAGUUCUAAAAAACUGUCCAAGGAUGAUAUCAGAUUCUUGGUAGAAAACACAAAUUUCUCCAAAAAUGAAAUCAAGCAGUGGUAUGUCGGUUUUAUGCGGGACUGCCCCGAUGGACAGCUGACCAAGAAGAAGUUUGUCGAAGUUUACUCAGAAAUAUUUCCCUCUGGGGACCCGAACAAAUUCUGCAAUCAUGUGUUCCGAUCGUUUGAUCACGAUGGCAGUGGGAAGAUUGAUUUCAAGGAGUUUCUUAUGGCCAUUAAUAUCACAUCAGCAGGAAACGCCCGUCAGAAGCUAGAUUGGGCGUUCAAAAUGUAUGACAUUGAUGGGAACGGCACGAUAGACCGUAGUGAGAUGAUGGAAAUUAUUGGGUCAAUUUAUCAUAUGUUGUCGGAGGGCCAGCAGACCGAAGAACUGGAUACGCCAGAGGCACGGACAGAGAAGAUUUUUGAGAAGAUGGACGUUAAUAAGGACAACGUUCUGACCAAGGAUGAAUUUAUCAACGGGUGUCUGAAUGACGAAUGUUUGUACCAAAUGUUGACAGCUGAACAAAACUGGCAGGAAAACGAAUAGUAAUUUGGAUCUCCUGAUAAGACUGAGAAAUAGUGAAACUCCUGCAACUCAAGAAUUGUGAACAUUAACAUUGGCAGAAAAGGAACAAAAUAUGAAAAAUUAUUAUUGUUAUGGAGGGGAUGAAAUUCUUUUUUUUUCUUUUUUCUGGACCAAGUUUUGCACUGAGAUUUUUUCUUUGCCAGCCAUGCUUAUAAACAUGUUAGAAAAUCUCUCUGGCCAGUUGAAUUUAUUCAAGUCGUUGCAUUUGUGUUUUAUAAAUCAUCUCAUUUUUAUUGUUAUGUUUCUGUUGCAUUUUGAAGUUCCUCAGCAAAGCACUCCAGGCUCACUAAGGUGGUGGCUUUGGAUAUUGAACUAUUAAGGCUCAUAACUUUUCUUUAAGUUUGUCAUUUAUCAUAUUCAGAAAACAAGCAAUUCCUGUUUACAAUGAAUACAAAUGUACAUAAUGAAAAAAACAGAUAUUUGGUAUGAAAAAGCAAUUGUUUCACCUGUCCUGUUGUUUAAAUGAUUGUUAACAAUCUUGGAUAAGUUGGUUAUAUACAGUUUUGUUAAAAUUUGCAAAUGAAGGUUUAUUGUGUGUAAAGUCUCUGGCUUUGCGUAAAUGUGCGUUUUUUUUUAGGCCCUUAAUUGUGAAUAAGAGUUUCAAAUAUAUGUAUACAAUAUUAUAUGUUUAUACUUUAAAAUUCAAACGUUAUUGGUUUAGAAUAGUUUUGAGUACAUGGCCUCUGUUGAGUAAAAAUACGUUCAGAUGUGUGCUAAGCAUUUCUGUGACACAAAUAUUAUUUCUUGUAAAAGGGAAGUAGAACAAAGCUGCUCCUGUGCAAAACGGCGGUGUUCAUGAGAUCACAUGUUCACACAAUUUAUGACCUUGUGACUGUAUAUGUAUUUUGAACUGACACACUAUUGUACUAAACACAAUGGAUAUUUGUCAAUUUCGACCAUUUCCAUCUGGAUUGUGGGCCUCAAUUUCAAUAAACGCCACGUUUGGAAAUACAAGUCA